GAAUUCGAUUUAACAUCGGCUACGCAGAAGACCCUUGUCCGCCUGCGUCGAGACGAUCUCGUCCGUUUGUGCGAGACACGAGAGCUUGACGUGGACGGCACGAAACCCCAGCUAGCACAGGCUCUAUUAGAAUGGCGCGAUAGUCAAGAAAACAUGACGCCAUGCCCUUCAUCAACCUCCACCGCUCGUCCACCGUCUGUCAUGAAAGCGAAUGGUAGGCGGAGGCGUACCCGCAGCAACAGCAAAAGUAGCAGCGCGACCCCUCCCGUGCUUCUGCGGUCCGAUCGUAUUCAUGAGGACGAGCCAGUUACCCCGCCUCUUUCGAAAGAUAAGAAAGAAGAAGACUUGGAGCUUGAUUUAGAGACCCUUGGGUUGGAGGACCGGGAGAUUCCUCCCGAUAAGUUGACGAAACUGGAGAAGAUCGGUAGUGGAGGUUUUAAAGAUGUCUUUAUUGGCAAGUUUAGAGGUCGGAGAGUAGCCAUUGCCGAGUUCCGAGACCAGCUGAGUCCGAUGGAUAUAAAGGAGCUGAAGCUGUUAGCCGAGUUCGCCCAUCCUAACAUAGUUCGCUUCCUCGGAGUCAGUAUUCCCGAGAACACAAAGGAGACCCCAGUCAUGAUCGUUAGUGAACUGUGCGCAAACGGCGAUCUAUUUGACUACGUUCGAAACGUACCGGCGCCCUCCUUAUACAAAGUCUUGAGUUUGAUGCUUGACAUUGCUCGCGGACUGGAAUACCUUCACAACAGGAAACCCUCGGUUAUUCACCGGGAUUGCAAGUCUUCAAAUAUCCUGAUCACGUCGAAAGGCACUGCAAAGAUCGCUGAUUUCGGUCUGGCGAAAGUCAAGCAGUCAACGCGGUCCAUGGUUCGUAGCCUUGUGGGAACAGUCAAUUGGCAGGCCCCAGAGCUGUGGGUAGCGCACCCGAAGUACAAUCACAAGGUUGAUGUGUAUUCCUGUGCCUGUGUUUAUUGGGAAAUAUUGCAAUGGCACAACCCGAAUAUCAAAUUUCCUUGGGAGGGUAUGAAUGAGCACGCUAUCUACGAAAUCGUCGGGCAGAAACGCCAGAGACCAUCAUUAUCGGGUUUACGGAAACUAUGGUGUCCAGACAUUGUCGAACUUAUUGAACGCAUGUGGGCCCAUGACCCUCAGCAGCGUCCGACGGUGACAGAAGUUGUCGAAGAACUCCAGAGGAUCGCCAAGGAAUACCGAUGA